UGGGCUGACAGUGAGAGACCGGAGCCCAGGCAGCUCUGUGGCCGCCUGCCCCACCAGCACCUGCUCCCUGGACACGGCCUGCAGCCAUCUGUGAGCCCAGGCGCCGCAACGGGACGGAGCCUGGCUUUCUUCAAGGACCAUCUUCUGCUGGGAUUGGAAACAGAACCCCCAGUGGGGUCCAGGUGACCCCUCGGGACAGGAUGGCCCACAGGGGAAGCCGCACAGGGAUGGCCUGGCUGCCUGUCCUGCUGGCGUCCCUGGGGUGCUGGGUCAGCGCGGAGGAGGCCAGCUGUGGCGAGAAUGAGUUCUACAACCAGACCACCGGGCUGUGCCACGAGUGUCCGCAGUGCGCGCCGGGGGAGGAGCCCUACCUGUCCUGCGGCUAUGGCACCAGGGACGAGGACUAUGGCUGCGUCCCCUGCCCCGCGGAGAAGUUCUCCAAGGGCGGCUACCAGAUCUGCCGGCGCCACAAGGACUGCGAGGGUUUCUUCCGCGCCACGGUGCUGACCCCGGGGGACACAGAGCGCGACGCUGAGUGUGGGCCCUGCUUGCCUGGCUACUACAUGCUGGAAAACAGACCGAGGAACAUCUACGGCCUGGUUUGCUACUCCUGCCUGCUGGCACCCCCCAACACCAAGGAAUGUGUGGGAGCCGCCUCAGGAGUUUCCGCCAACUUCCCCCGCACGCCUGGCAGCAGCACCCUGUCCCCGCCUCAGCUCGCCCACAAAGCAGAGCUCUCGGGCCAAGGACACCUGGCCACCGCCCUGGUCAUUGCCAUGUCCACCAUCUUCACCAUGGCUGUCGCCAUCGUCCUCAUCAUCAUGUUCUACAUCCUGAAGGCCAGGCCAUCCGCCCCAGCCUGCUGCCCCAGCGCCCCCGUGAAGAGCCCAGAAGCCCCCGUGAGCGAGGAAGAGGAGAAGAAAGAGGCCCAAGACAACGUGGUGAUCUUCUCCGAGAAGGAUGAAUUCGAGAAGCUCACGGCGGCUCCAGCCAAAUCAGCUAAGAGCGAGAACGACGCCUCAUCAGAGAAGGAGCAGCUGCUGAACCGGAGCCUGGACAGCGACGAGGAGCCGGCCCCAGAUGGGCAGGGCCCCCCAGAGCUGUGCCUGCUGUCGCUGGUCCACCUGGCUAGGGACAAGUCAGCCACUGCCACCCGGGCGGCUGGGAUUCAGAGUCGAAGGAAGAAGAUACUGGACGUGUAUGCCAGUGUGUGUGGUGUAGUGGAAGGCCUCAGCCCCACAGAGCUGCCCUUCGACUGCUUGGAGAAGACCAGCCGGAUGCUCAGUGCCACGUACAACUCGGAGAAGGCGGUGGUGAAGACGUGGCGCCACCUGGCCGAGAGCUUUGGGCUCAAGCGGGACGAGAUCGGUGGCAUGACGGACGGGCUGCAGCUGUUCGACCGCAUCAGUACGGCCGGCUACAGCAUCCCCGAGCUGCUCACCAAGCUGGUGCAGAUUGAGCGGCUGGACGCCGUAGAGUCCCUCUGUGCAGACAUCCUGGAGUGGGCGGGGGUCCCGCCGCCCGCUGCCCCGCCGCCCCCCGCAUCCUGAGCAGGGCCGCAGUCCCCAAGGCCAGGCUGUCUCCUCUGCACACCAGGGGUACCUCGCUGGUCCGAGGAACAGGAGGACACAGGCCUGUCUCCCAGUCUAACCAGACAGAAGAUCCGUGUGGACAUGAGGUUGCGCUGGCCUCACCAGGCACAAUGGGUCUGUGUGCAUUUAUCUGGCCCACCCCCACUUGCUCCUCCAGGGACGCGCUCGGCACUGCCCAGCGUGCACCAGCGGUGCCUGGAGGACAUAAUGGAGCCUGUCUGUCCUGUGGGGAGUGCACCGCCCCAGGAGACGUACUUUUCUGGAAGACGGCACACAGCCCAAGGGGGUGUGGGAAUGGGGGCACAGCUUGGGGGAGCUGCUUCCCUGGGGGUGGGGGGCACCCCACGAAGAACGCAGCUCUGAGGUUGGGAAAAGGCUGCAGAGGCACCACGUCCUCCUGCUCCAGGCUCAGUGUGGGUCUGCACCGCCUGCGGGACCCUGGGCUCACUGUCCCUGCGGCCCUUCUGCCUGCAGGAUGCCUGCCCCCCACGGAUGUCCAAUCAAGGGCAGCCUCCUGGCUUCACUCAGUGCCGCACAAGUCCAGCCUCAGGACCGGGAUCCCUGAACUGCCUCUGCUUUCUUUUUCAAGUGGACUGGACCCUCUGGGGCAGUAGUGCUCAGGGACACAAGUCAUUUGCUUCAAACAGAAAUGAGUGGUUGGCUCUGCUUGGAAAGGGAAACAUGGAAUCCUCAGGCUCCAGAGGGUCUUGGACAGGGAUGUGCCUCGUGGGCCUCCCAAGCCCCUUGGGGAACGUGGGGUCUGUAGCCAUGGGGACCUGGUUUGCUUGUGCUAACAGGGGCCAAUUUCUUCCCCUCUCAGGGCUCAGUUUGUUUCUCUUUUGAAAAUAAGAGGUUAUUCUGUGAUUCUAAGAGAAAGUAAAGUUGGGGCAAGCAUACCUGAAGGGGGUCUGGAGACCAUGCCAGGCCUUCCAUGGAUGUGAGUGUACUGUGAGCUGCCUGGGGAAAUGGGAAUGAAAACAGAACUGAGUUCUCACUGUGACUUCAAGUGUCUGGCAGACACUGAGAGAGGGGCUUAACAGCCUUGUUCUGGCAAAUUCCCUGAGGACAUCUGCCGUGGCCAGAGCCAGGAACCAGGGGUGAGCAUGCAGGUUGAGGGUGGUUAACUGUGAAUUCUCUGCUCAACCCCCAGGGACAGACCUGACCCUAGUUAUUCCUAAAUUGAAAUCAGUCUCUGGCUUAUACUUUUGUGAAAUGACAAGUCCCAUGACUGACAAAUGCUUCUGGGGAGGAAACGAGGUGUAUGCAGAGGGCAACACACAGCCUCCCACCCCUGAACACAGAACAUGCCGGCCAUUUAACACCAUUGUUGUUUGUGGUGUCAGCUUGCUGUGCCCCCACUGGGCACACACACACACACAACCUGGUUACCCUCUGUCCCCAUGGCCCCUUGGCACAAUCCCGGCUCUGUGAUGCUGCUGCUGCUGAAGCCACCUUCUCUGAGGCUGCUGACAUCAGAGGAGGCAGAGCAGGUGGCCACAGGGCCAGCGGUGCCAGGCCUGUCUCGGGGGCUCAACCCACCGUGUGCAGGGAGUUCGUCCUGACAGUGACUCAAUCCUUCGUCAUCUGCUCACCUGGAGACAGACCCAGGCAGGGGUCACUCUGGAGGGCUUGAGCCUACAUGACAGGUUCAGACCACUGAGUCUACAAGGACUCUCACCGAGCAAAGCUGGGCUCCCCCUGCUGCCCCGUGUGGCCACAGCCACUGUUCCUGCUGAAAUAAACACACUCAGAAAAUACCCCGGCCAGAGCUGUGGGCCCUGGCCAGUGGAACCUUCAUUGUCAAUGUUUGUGUCUAGAUCUGUUUAUAUAACUUAUUAUGUUUUACAAUUUCAAUAAACUAAUAACAAGAA